GCUUUGUGGGUAAAUCUGGAUCAAAAGGACAGAAAAACACAGUUUACAUCAGAAAGAUGACCAUUCACGUCUCCAAACCACGACUAAUUACUAAAAUAACAUACAGGAACAAUAAGAUCAGCUCUUGGAAAAUCACAUUGUGAGGUCAUGUUUUUAUUACCAUAGAAACUGUAUUAGAAUGGUACCAUAUUUCUAGCGUUUCCAUUUAUUUUGGGAGUGUCCACAUAUGAUUCCAGCUGUUGUCUGAUUUAAAAGAUAAACUAAUUGUUCAUAAACCAAAAACAACACACAUUGAGUAAAUAUUUACCCAGGACUCAUGUGUUCUGUGGAUUUUAGAAUGAGCAGGAGUUGAGGAUGUAAAUAAAUCAUUCAUAUUUUAAAAGUCAUGUAAUUUCCCCAUUUGUUGUCGAGUUAUUUGACUUCCCACACACUGAUUUGACAAACCUGAGCAGUCUGGAAGGAUGAGAAAGUGUCCCGUUCUCUGACUAAUGACUGAGCAGCAAACGCCCCGACUGCUCAGAAGUGUGUGAAGUCAGCCGUCUGCCUGGCACCGGUGUGUGUUGAUGUGCUUCCAGCUGUUUGUGGCAAAUCCUGAAGUCUGGACUGCAGGGCCCUCCCUACAUCCAAUGAGAUCAUCUCACUCCCAAUUAGAAGAAGUCCACCGAUUAACAGCAGGGUCAGGGUCUGUGACUUCUUUAAAAGCAGAGCGAGAGACGGAUUCAUCAGAGAGGAGCUCAGAUCAGGUUUACCACGCGAUGGCUCGAAAACUGAUUUGUGCUGUCGUUUUGCUGACUUGUGCUUUGAAAUUUGGUUCCUCCCAGACAAGCUGCAGAGGACGAUGUGGUGCCGAGUACUACAGAGGCCACAUGUGUCAGUGUGACUACACCUGCUUGGCAUAUGAUGAGUGCUGCAAAGACUAUGAAUCCCAGUGCACCACAAAAAACUCAUGUCAGGGCCGCUGUGGGGAAACCUUCAGGAGAGGCCGAUCAUGCAGCUGUGACUCUGAAUGCGCAAAUUUUAAACAAUGCUGUCCAGAUUACGCGGCUCAUUGUGAUGCGGACGAGUCAACUCUGACAGAAGCAACAGAAGAGCCUCUGUUCAGCGAGGGAAACAAUGCAGACAGCAUCUUAAAUCUUCCAGACAUCCCAACGCCAUCCCUACUAGAUGAUGCAAACGUCGAUGUGUUCGGCAAAGUCACUCCGGAUGAGGAUUUUUCCAAUGAUGGAGUGAAGGAUCAGGAGAUUAGUCCAGCCCCCGAAUACAGCAGUGGUAAUGGACCAUCUACAGCUGACCUGCUGUUGGACGAAAUUCCAACCACAGCCACUCUGGAUGGAGACACUCCGGUGUUCACAACAGCGAGGGCUUUCUCUCAGACAGAGGUAGCUCCUUCAGGUGACCCCGUUACGCUUCAUCCCACAGCUGGAGAAACAACAGCAGACCCAGGAGAUCCUACAAACUCUUCGGACGAAUAUCCUACUGUCCCUCAACCCACACCUACAGUUGGCCCAAACGACAAGCUGCCUACUUCCACCUCAGGACCACAAGCAGAACCUACAACUUCCUCUAGUGUCACAGAGACUAAAACCACAACUCCUCCUUUCGAUCAGGACUCGACCACAGUCCUGGAAAACUCUCAGAUCACCAGUGCAGCUCCAGAGGAACUCACCUCAAUCCCCAACACACAAAACUACCCAGAAAACGUCACAUCUUCUCUGGCAGACCCCAACGGCCCAGCCACGGUCUCUCCAACAGAUGCAGAAACUCCUACAUCAACAGCUCCGGUGCAAAAUGAAAACACAGAUUAUGCCACACCAGAGAGAACUACAGCUGAUCCGUCGUCCGUUACCUCAAAACCAACUGAUCCUCAAACAUCUGAACCCACCUCCAAACCUCAGGGUGAAGACGAUUUGUCUAAACUAACACCCUCCUCUAAACCUGACCCCAAACCUCUGGAUCCUCAAAUGCUGACCAUAGCUAAUCCAGGAGAUUACCAAUCAGAUGACAGAAACGAUUUAAACCUGUGCAGCGGGCGUCCGGUCAGUGGGGUCACCACUCUGAGGAACGGCACUGUGGUGGUGUUCAGAGGUCACUACUUCUGGUUUCUGGACCAACACCACGUGCCAAGUGCUCCCCGAGCCAUCACCCAGACGUGGAGAGUUCCUUCCCCCAUUGACACUGUGUUCACCCGCUGCAAUUGCCAGGGGAAAACGUACAUAUUCAAGGGAGGUAAAUACUGGAGAUUUGAAAACGACGUUUUAGAUGCUGGUUACCCCAAAUUAGUGAAAACAGGUUUUGAUGGGCUGCAGGGGCACAUCACAGCGGCCCUGUCGGUUCCGGAGUAUCGCAGCAGGAAGGAAUCAGUUUACUUUUUCAAGAGAGGAGGGUUUGUUCAGAAAUAUUCCUACCAGUUUGGCACCAGUUCAACAUGUGACAAAAAAGUCCACCAACCCAUUUACACGGUCCGAGCCCGAAAGGUCAGACAAGCAGUUUCGGUUUUAGAACCAGCCAUCAACAUCCGUAAAUCCUGGAGAGGAUUCCCCCCCACCAUCACCGCUGCUGUGUCUGUCCCAAGCAUCAGAGAGCCAGAGGGGUACAAAUACGUCGUCUUCUCACGAUCAACAACGUACAACGUGAGGAUGGAUGGUGAACGACCCGUCGUCGCAGCUCCUCAACCAAACGGGACGCCUCAAACCAAUGCCUUCUUCAAGUGUCCAAAAAGUGUUUAACUUCAAAGCAGCACCUAUCAGGCAGCUUCCAUC